AUGCGCGCGGCGUCCGCCGCCGCGGCGCUCGGGCCGGCGGUAUCUCGCCCGAGACACCGCCGCCGCCGCGGCGCCCCUCCGAUCGCCGCGCGCGCGUCGGACGACCUCGGGCUUACCCUCGAAGCCCCCGGAUGGUCGGGAGGAUACGGAACCGGAGGAAGGGUAUGGAGCUCGUCGGACGUGCUCAUCGAAUUCCUCCGAGAGAACGACGACGUCGUCCGCGACGCGUCCGUGGUCGAGCUCGGGAGCGGCACCGGCGCGGUCGGGAUCGCCGCCGCGGCGCUCGGCGCGCGCAGCGUGAUUCUAAGCGACGGCGGCUCGGAUUCGCUCGUGCGGCUCGCGAAGGACAACGCCUCGCGAAACGUCGCGAGCGGCGCGAUCGACGGCGAGAAGACGACGAUAGACGUCGCCGCGUAUCGAUGGAACGACGCGGCGCCGCCGCCGGAGAUCAUCGCCGCGGCGCCGUUCGAUUUGAUACUCGGGUCCGACUGCACUUACAGCGUCAGCGCGCACGGGGCGCUGUGCGACGCCGUCAAGGCGUUGCUCGCGUUGCGCGGCGGCGGCGGCGAGGAAUCAGAAAACGGCGACGGCGGCGGCGGCGGGCGCUGCAGGGUCAUACUCGGGCACCAGCAUCGGACGUUCGCGGCGUUCCUAGCGGGAAGAGGGUUCGCGGCGAACGGGUGGGGACGAGACCCGCACCUGGACAUGUUCGUGGAAACCGCGAGAGGACGAGGACUCGUCGCGAACGAAAUACAGACGACGAAAUUGAGAUGGCACGGUCUCUUAAACGUGACGCUGUUAGAGCUCACGAUAGCGUAG